UGUGAUUAUAAUUUCAUUGAUUAGUGAGCAGCCCUACUUUAGUAAAAACAAAAUUUAAUUAAAAAAAGAAUGACCGAAAAUCGAAGUAGGCGCAAAAAAUACUUGUGUUUUUUAUUAUUUACGUAAAAUUUAUUUGAUCUACACAAAAAAUGGGUACACAAAAGCCCGGUGAAUGGGCUACCACACUUAUUGCAAGAUUUGAGGAACAGUUGCCAUAUAAAACGGGAGCUCAAAAUCUCCAUUCUCGCAUUAACGAGGAACAGUGUAAAGCAUGUCUCGUACAGAUCAGUCGCCACCGUUUCUCACUUGUUAUUGCUGGUCUCACGAAAAUCUUACAAAAAGUUAAUGAAUUGUAUCAGCCAACAGUGGUAUGUCUCAACCGUCCACAAACAGAGCCAGAGAAGGGAUACCAUGACAGUUUAGUGAUAGUUUUAGACACAUUGGAAAUAUGCCUAAGUUCCCAGCCUAAAGAUACUGCAAAAUAUGAUGAGGCUAUGAAUGUUAAGAUAUUGUUGAGAGAAGUGUGCCAGUUUAUUGAUCUCCGUAAUGAAACAAACUUGAAUAACACCCUCCUUCGACAGUUGGCCAGUAAAGUGUUAUUUGCGCUCAGUCUCAACUUCUUUAAUGCUGUUUUCAAUAGAAUUAGCGCGCGAUUACAGGAACUUGCAUCUAGCUCAGAAGAAAACCCCGAUUAUACAGACAUAGAGUUAAUACAACAUGUCAAUGUCGACAUAUUGAGGCUUGUACGGCUACUUACAGAAUCAAUACAAAAAUUUAAGUUGUUAAGAAAAUCUACACAUAUAGUGCUUGUGGUGUCCUUAGAGAAAGCUGUAUGGAAUUGGAUGGACACAUAUCCCCAGGAGUUCGCAGAAGUACAGAGUCGGCCUAAUGAUGAGCUCAGUAAAUGCUGCGACACUUUGUUCGAUUACUUGCAGGACAGUUUCUCUGAUAACAAGAAGUCGAGGGUCGCUAUGUGGCCCCUGCAAAUUAUGUUGCUCGUUUUAAACCCUAAAGUUCUAGAGGAAAUAGUGAACGCGGAUUCGGGUGCACCUUGCAGUCCCAGACAUACUAAGAAAAAGCAUUUCAUUGAUUCCGUCAAACGUGGAUUGAGCCCGCACAACAACUCUAAGCAAAUGACCGAGGCGGCGAUAGUGACAUGCGUGAAGCUAUGCAAGGCGUCCACCUACCUCAACAUCGCGGAUUCCGGCAAUGUCACCUUCGUGCUAGUCAAAUGUGUCAUCAACGACCUCAAGGGUUUGCUGUUCAACCCCAACAAGCCGUACGCGCGCGGCGGGCUCGGCCCUGGCUACUCGGAGCUGGACCUGCUGAGCGACUGCUUCGUGUCGCUGUUCCGCAUCAUGCCGCACUCCAACGACGCGCUCAAGACCUGCCUCAACCUCAACACGCACAUCUCCUACCACUACGUCAUCGUCAACUCUCUGCUCAGAAUAAUAAAGCAGCCGCGUUUGCAGUGGUGGCCGCAAAUAGAACUGCUGUAUCCCAGAGCGGCUGAACUGAGGGCCAUGUUCACAGACACAUUGAACAAGGCUACACAGGGCUACAUCGUUCAUACACCUUUACGAAUGAUAUCACUAUCACUCAAGUCAAAAGAGGUUCAAUCAAAAUUCAACAAAUCCGAGGAAAUGCCGGCGUAUAGACAACUACUCAUGAUGCUUGUGAAGUUGAUACAUGCUGAUCCUAUGUUGAUGUUGAGUAAUCCAGGGCGUUCCAGUCUAGAAAUCCAAUCGUCCACAACAGAACUGAUAAACGGCCUAGUAUCAUUAGUUCACCACACGGGAAUGGGGGAGAUAUCGCAGGAAGCUAUGGACGCUUUGCUAGCCCUGCACAGACCCGAUAGAGUUCACAUGUGGAACCCUGAAGCACCCUUGAACACUUUCUGGGAUAUAAGUUCGCAAGUCCUCUACAACAUUAGUCAGAAACUAAUUCAGCGUCAAAUAAACAACUACAGGGAAGUACUGCGAUGGCUACGGGAUGUGUUAACUUGUAGGAACGAAUAUCUCGCGAAACACAAGGAAUACGCCAACGUCGGCUCGCAGAUACCUAUUUGCAAACAAGCACAUAUCAAAUUGGAGGUGGUGUUCUUCAUGUGUCUAUGGUCCAUCGACACUGAAGCGGUUCUAGUGGCGAUGUCGUGCUUCGCGCUGCUCUGUCAAGAGGCGGACAUCCGCUGCGGCUCCGACGACCUGUCCGCGCAUUGUCUGCUGCCCAACUACGCGGUGUUCCAGGAGAUCGCGCACACUUCUACUGUGCUCACUACUGCCAGUCAGGAUGUAGGAGGAAAAGGAUGUUUCUACAAGAAUAUUCAUAGCUCUGCUGGACUCCAACAACGCAUAAUGGCUUUGCUAAGAAAGAUUGAACACUGUGUCAAUGGUGUGCAACCAGUUUGGGAAGAAACAUUUCGAUGUUGGGACUCAAUAUGCAAACUACUUCAAAAGUAUCCCAAAGGACUGGGCGGUCCAGACGAUCCUCAAGAGCCCUUACAUCGAACCGCGGCCAAGCGACGUGUAUCACAUCACACAAGUACCGAAUUAGAUUUUGAGAUGCAAAUCCAGGAAUGGGCAAAUAUAACGUCUUUCCUUUGCGCUCUCGGAGGCGUCUGCCUCCAGAGGAAGCCUACACCAGUGUGGACGCAAAUACUUACGCACGCAUACGAUAUUCAUAAUGAAAAGCAUAUUGGACAACAAGAGCAACGACCAGCCUUGCGAACAUCUCAGCACUACGUCCAUCGAGGGACUGAUGUUGGCUAUCGUGAGAUAUGUGCGUCACUUAGACAUGACAGUCCUCUCGGUUCAAAUAAAGACGAAGCUGUGUCAAGUCAUCGACGCUAUGAUGAGGAAACGCGAUGAUCUAGCUUUUAGACAGGAAAUGAAAUUCCGCAACAAGCUGGUGGAGUACGUGACGGACUGGGUGCUGGGCACGUCGCACCAGAUCGCGCCGCCGCUGCGGGCCGACGCGUCCUCCAUCACUAGGGAGCUGGAUCAGGCUUGUAUGGAGGCUGUGGCAGCAUUGCUGCGGGGCCUGCCGCUGCAGCCCGAGGAGUCUGACCGCGGGGACCUCAUGGAAGCCAAGAGUCAGCUGUUUCUGAAAUAUUUCACCCUGUUCAUGAAUCUCCUGAAUGACUGCAACGAAGUGGAACUAACCGAAGGCCCCGGCCGCCUGGAGGCGUUAAGAAAUGCUACAAUACAAGCCAUGUCCAAUUUGCUCUCGGCUAACAUCGACUCUGGAUUGAUGCAUAGUAUUGAUCUAGGCUAUCAUCGUGACCUGCAAACCCGCGCCGCGUUCAUGGAGGUUCUGACCAAGAUCCUGCAGCAAGGCACGGAGUUCGAUACCUUGGCAGAGACUGUGUUGGCUGAUCGCUUCGAACAACUUGUGCAACUUGUUACCAUGAUAUCUGAUAAGGGUGAGUUGCCAAUAGCUAUGGCAUUGGCCCACGUGGUUGGAUCAGCUCAGAUGGACGAGCUAGCGCGCGUGCUUGUCUCCUUGUUCGACGCCAAGCACUUGUUAGCGCCGCUACUGUGGAAUAUAUUUUACCGAGAAGUUGAGGUUUGUGCGGUAUCGGAUUGUAUGCAGACGCUUUUCCGUGGCAACUCUUUGGGCAGUAAAAUCAUGGCAUUUUGUUUCAAGAUAUACGGUUAUGGCUAUCUGCACAACUUGUUAGAACCGUUAAUAAGUGCGCUGCUGGAUCAGACUGAUUGUAAUCCCAGUUUGAGCUUCGAGGUAGAUCCGGCUAGAUUGGACCCUGGUCAAGACAUAGAAAUAAACAGGAACAACCUCAGGGACCUCACGCGAGAGGUGUUCGACCGCAUCGUCAGCUCAGCGGACAAGUUUCCCUCGCAGCUACGGAGCAUGUGCCACUGCUUGUAUCAGGUACUCAGCAAAAGGUUCGUGCAGUUCCCACAAACAAGUGUUGGUGCGGUAGGAACCGUUCUGUUCCUACGAUACAUUAAUCCAGCUAUAGUGUCCCCUCAAGAAAUGGGCAUAGUGAGCCGUCCCAUACCGCCGCACAUAAAGCGCGGGCUGAUGCUCAUGUCCAAGAUCCUGCAAAACAUCGCCAACCACGUGGAGUUCUCGAAGGAACAGCACAUGUUGCCGUUCAAUGACUUCCUGAGGGAACAUUUUGAGGCUGGACGAAAAUUCUUCAUAGAAAUAGCUUCAGAUUGCGAAACAGCCGACCAAACGUCCGCACACAACUUAUCCUUCAUUAGCGACGCGAACGUGCUCGCGUUGCACAGGCUGCUCUGGAACCAUCAGGAGAAGAUCGGCGACUAUCUGUCAUGCAGUCGGGACCAUAAGGCUGUUGGCAGACGACCCUUUGAUAAGAUGGCAACACUUCUUGCAUACUUAGGUCCGCCUGAACACAAGCCGGUUGAAUCAGCAUCAAGUCUCCUCUUCUCCUCAUACGCCCGUUGGUCGUCCAUCGACAUGUCCUCAACCAACUUCGAGGAGUUCAUCGUUAAGCAUAACAUGCAUCAGAAAGAAGAGUUUAAGAGCAUCAAGAGUCUGAAUAUCUUCUAUCAGGCCGGUACAAGUAAAAUUGGCAAUCCCGUGUUCUAUUUUAUUUCUAGGAGAUACAAGAUAAGUGAAGUGAACGCUGAUUUACUGAUAUACCAUGUUAUUCUAACACUCAAGCCGUUUUGCCAGCAAGCGUUCGAAUUGGUGGUCGAUUUCACGCACACAAAUUCUGAUAACCGUUUUAGGACGGAUUUCCUCCAGAAGUGGUUCAGCGUACUCCCAGAAGUGGCCUACAGCAACGUUCACGCGUGCUACAUAUACAACUGCAACAGUUGGGUGCGCGAGUACACCAAGUUCCACGAGGCCAUACUGACUCCGUUGCGGGGUAACAGAAAAAUAGUGUUCAUAGACACAAACUGUCGACUCAGCGAUUUCAUCGACCCCGAACAGCAAAAGCUUCCUGGAGCGACUUUGUCCCUCGAAGAGGACCUCAAAGUAUUUAACAAUGCUCUCAAAUUGUCGCAUAAGGAUACCAAAGUUGCCAUAAAGGUUGGACCAACAGCCCUUCAAAUAACGUCUAUAGAGAAAAGCAAAGUUUUGGGCUUACCAGUGCUAUUAAAUGAUGUUUAUUAUGCUUCAGAAAUCGACGAGGUGUGUCUAGUAGAUGACAAUCAAUUUUCUUUGUCAAUAAUCAACGAACCGACGCCUCUGAGUUUCAUACACAACGACUGCGACAAUAUUGUGCAGUCCAUCAUACACAUUCGGAACCGAUGGGAGCUGAGCCAACCUGAUUCCGUGACUGUACAUCAAAAAAUUAGACCGAAAGACGUACCCGGAACACUUCUCAACAUGGCUUUACUGAAUCUUGGGUCGUGUGACCCCACUCUGCGCACUGCGGCCUACAACCAACUCUGUGCGCUAACGGCGACUUUCCAUUUGAAGAUUGAGGGAACCCUAUUAGAAACUUCUGGCCUAUGUAUACCGUCCAAUAACACUAUCUUCAUCAAAUCUGUGAGCGAAAAGUUGGCUCACAAUGAACCACAUUUGACACUGGAAUUUUUGGAAGAAUCUAUUCAGGGAUUCAAAGUUUCAACCAUAGAACUCAAACAUUUAUGCUUGGAAUAUAUGACACCGUGGUUGGCGAAUUUAGUGAGGUUCUGCAGACCCUCAGAAGAAUCCCGCCGCAAAAAUCAAGUAGCACAAAUUCUAGAGAAGUUGAUAACCCUUACCAUCGAGGAGACGGAGAUGUACCCAUCAGUGCAAGCCAAGAUCUGGGGCUCCAUAGGGCAGGUGCCGGAACUGAUUGAUAUGGUGCUGGACAGCUUUAUACACAGAAGCGUUAAUUCUGGUCUCGGAUCGCCAAUGAUCGAGAUAAUGGCCGACACAGCGGUAGCGCUCGCGUCUGCCAACGUGCAGCUCGUCUCUAAGAAAGUUAUUGGAAGAAUGUGCAGAGCGCUAUCUAAACUGCCUAGUAAUGUUUUGGGUCCCGUAACAGCGGCAUCUGUGGUGGACAAAACGUGCCAUUCGCCGACAGCUAUGCUCGAGCAACACAUGAUGUGGGAUGACAUCGCGAUACUCGCUAGAUACUUGUUGAUGCUUUCAUUCAACAACUGUCUCGACGUGACUCGUCACCUCCCGUACUUGUUCCACACGGUCACGUUCCUGGUAUGCUCCGGUACGGUGUCGAUGCGCGCCGCCACCCACGGCCUGGUCAUAAACAUCAUUCAUUCCUUGUGUACGUGCAGCUCGCCUACAUUCGCUGGUUUCACAGAGGAGACGCAACGAUUACUGAUGCUAUCACUCGAUGAAUUCGCUCUGCCCAAGUUCUACCAAAUGUUCGGAAUAUCGAAGGUCAAGUCGGCCGCGGUCACUGCUUUCAGGAGCCCUUACAACCGGCAUACAGCUGACUGGUACAUAGACUCGUACAACUGUUCGGAGACCAGCGUCGGGCCCAACGGUGCGCCCAGUAGCUCUGGAGUGAGUCACAUCAGCCUGGCGCCGGGCUCGCAGUCCGACCGUGAGCGUCUGCCCUUGCAGUCGCUGGAGAUCAUCGUGGACGCGUUGCUUGAGAUCAUGGAGGCGUGUAUGCGUGACGUGCCGACUUGUGAUUGGCUGGAAACAUGGACUUCGUUGGCAAAGAGUUUCGCAUUUUGCUUCAACCCAGCUCUGCAACCACGAGCACUCAUAGUGUUUGGGUGCAUAAGUAAAAACGUAACAGACGAUGACAUGAAACAGCUCCUGCGCAUACUAGUAAAGGCGUUGGAAUCAUUGAACGAUCUGGCACUAUUGGAAGCUAUUAUCAUGUGCUUGACCAGGCUUCAGCCGCUAUUGUAUCCCGAAUCUCCAAUCCAUAAAGCUUUAUUCUGGGUUGCAUUGUCAGUACUGCAAUUGGAUGAGCCAACCUUAUAUGCGGCUGGUCUAGCUUUGAUGGAACAAAACUUGCAUACGUUGGAUUCGCAAGGGGCUUUCGAUGAUAAGCCUUUUGAGCAAGUAAUGUUGGAAACUAGAGAACCUUUGGAGUGGCAUUUUAAGCAAAUGGAUCAUGCUGUUGGUCUAAGUUUCCGGUCCAACUUCCACUUCGCGCUGGUGGGGCACCUGCUGAAGGGCUUCCGGCACCCGGCGCCGGGCACGGUGUCGCGCACGUGUCGCGUGCUGGCGGCGCUGCUGUCGCUGGCGGCGCGCCCGCACCGCGACAAGUUCCAGCCCACCCCGCGCACUGUCGCCUAUCUCACCGCGCUCGUGUGUGUCAGCGAGGAGGUCCGUUCCCGUUGCCACGUCAAACAUUCCUUGCCAAAAUGGCUGCCUGACGACUGCGAUCACUACUGCCCCGCUGUUGAACAUCACCAGUCGUCGAUGCUUAUCCACCCGCAGUCAUCACAUUCAUCGUGUCAGAGUCGACGACAGAAAUCGUGGGACAUUCUAGACCAAUCUGCGUUGUCUUCAAUGCACGGCGGUAAAUCUCCAACGUCGCAACAAUCGAGUAGCGGAGGCCACAGUCCGCAUCUGAUGAGCAUUCCCCACCAGACCUCGGCCAGAAUGCGGUUUAAGACCCAAAGGUCCUUUUCAGUGCCAACUUCUAAGGACACUAUUGGACCACCUAGGGACAGUGAGGGGCGCGCUCACAGCGUGCAACACGGCUCGGCCGGGGACGCGGCUCGGGACCUGGACUUGGACAGCGUUGUGGAUAGCAUAGAUGACGAGGAAAAGGCCUCUUCCGGCAGUGUGGAUGAAAGUGAACGACCUGCUUCCAAGUUGGUUGACUAUCCUGAUCACGCCACCAAGCAAAACUCAACGGACAAGGAGACGAACAGUCCUGAAUGCAACACACUGUUGGAGCCGUCGGUUCUGGUUGACUUCACGACGCAAGCCCUCGUGCUCACCGUGUUGGCCACUUUAGUCAAAUAUACUACAGAUGAAGAUGAAAUCAGGAUACUUUAUCAGUACCUGGCUGAAGGAUCGGUCGUGUUUCCGAGAGUGUUUCCGGUUAUUCACAGUCUGUUGGACAUGAAAAUAAACCACGUGUUGCUGCACUGCCACGACCAGGUCAUACUGAGCGCCGUGCAGAGUAUUAUUCAGAAUAUGAUAGCGUCAGAGGACGCGAGCCAGCAGCAGCUACACUACAUGCAGAGCUGCGGCUUCGGUGGACUUUGGCGUUUCGCGGGGCCCUUUACUAAGAACCAGUGCACAGCGGAGAGCAGCGAGCUGUUCGUGAACUGCCUGGAGGCGAUGGUGGAGACGUGCCUGCCGGGCGGAGACCGCGCGCGCCCCCCGCCGCCCGACCCCGACCGGCCCGAGCGCGACCUGCACGAGCUCGACCACCUCUACUCCGGCGUUCACCGUCAGCCAACGAUAUAUUGCGCGGAUCCCUAGCAAAACCCUGAGCACAUGACUGUUGCGUGCUGUCAAACUUGGUAGCACGAGAUCUAGGCCAGCAGUCGCUGACAAAGAGUGUCAGCCAAUGGUAGAAACACACUAGUAACACGCCACGCGUGUUUAGUAUAGCGGAAUUCCUAAUUUAAUUUUAUUGAACACAUUAGAAAAAAAUAUGCAUUUUAAUUAAGCGCUGAGAAUAGAAUGGAUUGCGUUAUACGGAAUUAAAAAAAAAAAAAUAGUAAUUGGUGUAAUAUGGUCACUAUUUUUUUCCCAUUUAGUGUAUCUUUGAUAGCCUAGUGGUGUGACUUUUGAAGUUUAAUAUAUGCUAUUUAUAGUACAGCUAGUGAAAUUAAUAAAUAAGGGUUAUUACACUCGUAUCACAAUCCAUUCUACGCUUGAAGGCCUAAGAUUAUCGCACAACGUAAUAUAUGUAUAAGUAUUUUUAACUAAAGUAAUAAUAUAGUACUUGGGUCCAGGAACGAAAUAUUUAUCAAUGACCAUACUGGUAUUUUUCAUAUUCACUUUCACGGCAAGUUGGGCAAAACGUCCAAUACCAAAUAUGCCUUAAAAAAUCAUUUAAAUUGUAACUUUAUAAGGCAUACAGUGCUCGCCACGGACCUUUUUUGAUUGUGAAGUUAGCUGCAUUCGUUUAGACGCGAACACUCUCUGCCCGCGCCGUUUGUACCGUUAUUGACUCAUUGCGCAGUCAUUUGUUGCUAACUUCACAAACACAAUAUCUUGUGACGGGCACUGUACCUACUAGCGGAAACGUCAAGCUUCCCUUUGACUUAUGUGUACUUACUUCUUCUCUACCCCUAUCCUAACCUUAUGUGUACUUACUUCUUCUGUACCCGUAUCCUACCCUACCCUACCCUACACUACCCUACAUACACCAAAGUCUGGUAAAUGUCUUGAAAGGCUCAAAAACGCUCCACCACAAUGGUUUGCCUCGUUCAUAGUUUUGUCCGACACACACAUACACUAGUUUGAACAGUGUGGUCAUGGAUGAAUAUUCUGUUCCUGGGCGCGUAUACUAUUAUUAUUCUUUGAUGAUAAUGGAUCACAUGUCUUU